AGCUAUAUAUAAUCAAGCAAUAAGCUAAAUUUAUACAACACUAUGAGAGUAAUGAAGGGGUACAAUUACAAAACGCUUUUCUUCUUUUCGUUGCUCAAUGCUUUUGCUCUAGUACUUGUUGUUCAUGCACAAGAUGGCCAAUCAGGCUUCAUCAGCUUAGAUUGUGGUCUGCCCUUGAACUCCAACUACACAGAGUCAUCAACAGAGCUUAAAUACAUUUCCGACGUACCUUUCAUCUCAACAGGUUCAAGCCACAGCAUAGCACCUGAAUACAAAGCCGGUCGUCAAGAACAAGUGAAAAUUCUGAGAAGCUUUCCCGAAGGAAUCCGAAACUGCUACAGAGUAAAUGUCACAAAAGGAACUAGAUACUUAAUCAGAGCAACAUUUUUUCAUGGAAAUUACGACAACCAAAAUACAGCACCAGAAUUCGAUCUCCAUAUAGGAGCUAACCUAUGGAGCACAGUGACGUUCGUAAACGUGUCUAUAAGUUCCUUGAAGGAGAUCAUACAUCUUACAUCACGAGACUUCGUCCACGUUUGCCUUGUAAAUACUGGCUCAGGAACUCCAUUCAUUUCUGCUCUGGAAUUUAGGCCUCUGAGUAGUGAAAUUUACAAUUACACUGCUCCAUCUGAGUCUUUGGCACUACUUUAUCGCUUAGAUAUUGGUUCAAUCACUGAUCUAGCAUACAGGUACCCGUACGACUUCUAUGACCGAAGUUGGCUACCGUAUAAUGGAAAAUGGUGGACGCUAAUUAGUACAUCGAAAUAUGCCCAAAGCCAGAGGUCCUAUCGGCCCCCCGCGAUUGUGAUGAGCACCGCUGCAACGCCGAUCAACGAAAGCGAGCCAAUGAUAUUUUCGUUAAACGAUCUGGACGAGAAGGCUAAUUUAUAUUUUUAUAUGUACUUCACUGAAACUCAAUCACUCAAAGCAAACCAAUCAAGAUCAUUCAAUAUAACUAUUAAUGGAGAGGUCUGGUCUGAAGCUGUUACUCCUCUCUAUCUAAACACGACCACCAUAUUCAGCACUGUGGGCCAAUCUGGUUCUCCAGAAUACAAUUUUUCACUCGUCAAGCUUCAAAAUUCAACUCUGCCUCCUAUUUUAAAUGCCUUUGAGGUCUACUCUACGAUCGAUGUUUCACAGUUAGAGACGGACCAAAAUGAUGUGAAUUCAAUCAACAAUGUAAAGUCAACUUACGGAAUAAAGAGAAAUUGGGAUGGAGACCCUUGUGCCCCUGUGGAAUACUUGUGGACAGGCCUAAAUUGUAGCUACAAUGAUUUUGAUCCUCGAAGUAUUAUAUCCUUGAACUUAUCUUCGAGUGGAUUGACUGGCAAUGUAACUACACACAUAUCAAAACUCUCGAGGAUUCAAUCUCUGGAUUUGUCUAACAAUAGUUUAACUGGACCGGUGCCUCAAUUUUUGACACGGUUGCCAAACUUGAGGAUUUUAAACUUGGAAAGAAACAACCUCACAGGUUCAAUUCCUAUUGAGCUCAUUAAAAAGUCCAACAGUGGUUUGUUGUCAUUAAGUGUGGGAGAAAAUCCACAUUUAUGUGACUCAUCUAACUGUGAGAAGAAGAAGAAGAAAAAGAGUACCGCAAUUCCAAUUUUGGCAUCAGUAUUUGGUGGGUUGGUUGUGACUUUGUUAAUAGCAGUGGCCGUUUUUGUUGGCUUGAAAAAGAUAAAGAAAAAGACUCAAGAGCCCAAUGCUCAAAAGGAUUCAUUUGAAUCCUCAAAACGACAGUUUACUUACUCUGAGGUUCUUAGAAUUACAAACAACUUUGAGCGAAUUCUUGGAAAAGGUGGAUUUGGAACAGUGUACCAUGGUUUCAUAGAUGAGAAUACUCAAGUAGCUGUGAAGGUGCUUUCUUCUUCGUCGGUUCAGGGCUAUCAACAAUUUCAAGCAGAGGUUCAACUUCUCAUGAAAGUUUAUCAUAGAAACUUGACUAGUCUUGUUGGUUAUUGCAACGAAGGAACCGAACUAGCACUUAUUUAUGAGUACAUGGCCAAUGGAGACUUAGCCUCACAUCUUUCAGGCCAUAGUAACACAAAUGUUUUGAGCUGGGAAGGCAGGAUUCGGAUUGCAAUAGAUGCUGCACAAGGAUUGGAGUACAUGCACCUUGGUUGUAAGCCACCUAUAAUACAUCGAGAUGUGAAGACAACAAAUAUCUUGUUGACUGAAAAAUUUCAAGCUAAACUUGCUGAUUUUGGCUUAUCAAGGGUUUUCCCCACUGAUACCGGUACUCAUGUAUCUACAGUCGUUGCUGGAACUCCUGGAUAUCUUGAUCCCGCGUAUCACUUAACAAAUAUGUUGAAUGAGACAAGUGACAUUUAUAGUUAUGGAGUGGUUUUGUUAGAGAUAAUCACAAACCAACCUGCCAUAAUUAAAAUUAGUGGGAGUGAUGAGAGGAUUCACAUAAGUCGAUGGGUUAGCUCUACAAUCGAUAAUGGCGCUAUUACAAGUAUUGUUGAUCCAAGGCUAGAGGGAGGCUUUGACAUCAACUCUGCAUGGAAAGCCGUUGAAAUAGGAAUGGCUUGUGUAUCUGCGACACCAGGAAAGAGGCCAAACAUGAGUGAGGUAAUAAGUGGACUGAAAGAAUGUUUGGCCACAGAGUUGGCUCGAAAUAACCAUGCCCAAGUGACUGAUUCCUCUUUAGACGUGUUAACUCAUGAAUUUACUCCCUUGGCAAGAUAGAGUGAUAUAGACACCACAUGUAUCUGGUUGCUGGGCUAUUGCUUUAUUUUUCUUAGAAAAUUUUGUAUAAUGAGUUGAAUUUACUCGUUAUGCACAUGCAAGUUAAUUACCAUUACUUUUAUAUCUUAUGCAGCGAUUUCUGUUAAUUCUGUAGUUCUUCCGAGAGACCCUCCAUAUUGAGUAUUGAGUAGGGGUAGUAAUAUACCAGCACCACAA